AUGUCUCACAGCCCGCAUGAUACUAGCAGCAGUAGAAGUGAUGGCCUCAAUACAACUAUGACGACGCCCGAUCGACGUCUGUCGGAAAUAGGGUCCAUGCGCUCAGGGAGCAUCAAUCGCCGCCAAAGCAACCUGAACGAAGUUGAAAUAGAGCGAAUCAACACUUAUCGGCUCCAACAUCGCUCAACCGUCGGCUCUAUUUCCGGAAUUACCCCGAGAGAGAAAUGGCUCCCCAUUGGAGCAGGGAAGCCUCAUCCUCCAACUCUCCCAGACCCCGAAGAAUACAUUGUCGAAUUCAACGAUGCAAACGAUCCUAUGCACCCCCAGAACUGGCCUUUCAGACGCAAACUUGGUAUAUCAGUGAUAUUAGCAUACACAACCUUCGUCUCUUCUUUCGCCAGUGCCAUCUACUCCUCCGCGGUGGGACACAUCAGUGCUCACUUUCAUAUCAGCACGGAAGUCGCCAUCCUCGGUGUGACCCUGUAUGUUCUGGGAUUUGCUUCAGGGCCGACGGUGUGGGCACCGGCAAGUGAGCUUAUUGGGAGAAGAUGGCCAAUCUGCAUUGGCAUGUUCGGGUACUCCAUUUUCACCAUUGCGACAGCAACUUGCAAGGACGUCCAGACCUUGAUGUUGACGCGAUUCUUUGCUGGCUUUUUUUCUGCUAGCCCGAUCGCUAUUGUUCCUGCCGUGCUUGCCGAUAUUUGGAAUAACCAGACGCGUGGUGUGGCUAUUGCUAUGUUCGCCAUGGCUGUAUUCGUGGGGCCUUUCGCGUCUCCAUUCAUUGGUGGCUUCAUCACCAUGUCUUAUCUGGGAUGGCGGUGGACUAUGUACAUCGCCUCUAUCAUGGGGUGGCUGGCUACUGGUCUUUGUCUUGUCUUUUUGAAAGAGACCUAUGCACCCGCUGUUCUUGUGGAAAAGGCCGCCAUUCUGCGACGGCAGACACACAAUUGGGGAAUCCGCGCCAGACAAGAAGCAAUUGAGCUUGAUUGGGGCGAGCUGCUCACGAUCAAUUUUAGUCGACCUUUCCGUAUGCUUUUCACCGAGCCAAUUGUUCUGCUAAUCUCUCUUUGGAUGAGCUUUGUCUACGGGCUUAUGUAUGCUCUUCUUGGGGCUUAUCCUGUGGUUUUCCAAGGAAUCCACGGCUUUAAUUUGGGUGUUGGAAGUCUGCCGUUCAUUGGGUUGAUCAUUGGCGAGUUUCUAGCUGGCGUCUAUCUCAUGUUUGAUCAGAAGUCAUAUAUUAAGAAGUUAGCCGCCAACAAUAACAUCCCCAUUCCAGAAUGGAGACUUCCUCCCGCCAGCCUUGGGGGUGUUUGCUUCUGUGUCGGGUUGUUCUGGUAUGGGUGGACUGGAUGGACAAAGUCAAUACAUUGGAUGGCGCCCACCGCCAGCGGAAUCAUGACUGGAUUUGGCAUCUAUGUCAUCUUCCUACAGUGCUUCAAUUACUUGAUUGACUCAUAUCUGAUGUUUGCCGCAUCUGUGUUUGCUUCGAAUACCAUUAUUCGAUCAGCGGUCGGAGCUGCAUUCCCCUUAUUCUCAAAGCAAAUGUUUGUCAAUUUGGGUGUCCAGUGGGCCGGCACACUUCUUGGGUGUCUCGCCCUCAUCAUGAUCCCGAUUCCAUUGGUAUUUAUCAAAUGGGGACCUGCGUUGCGCAAGAAGUCUAAAUUUGCUCCAAUCCUCGAGCCUGCUCCCGCAUCAAAGUCAGAGAAAAGGGUGAUUGAGUCCGUUUAG